ACUACGCAUGCGCCUAAUUUGCAACGCCCCGGGCCGUUCCCCCUCCCACGGGGUCGUAUGACCCGCCGCUCUCCGGCCUCUGCUUCUGGCUUCUCCCAUCCGGUUCCGGGUCAGGGCGGUGGCGGGGCGGGAGGCGUUGGGGUCUCUCCGCUGCCCUGGCCGCCUGGGAGGAUUCGUUCCCCGUUAGCUCUUCUCAUAUAACACCCUAUAUCCAGGAGGUUCUGACUCACCAGGAGUUCAUAUUAGCAAUUGAGGCAAGGCUGAGGAUGGAAGGUGUUGAAUUUAAGGAAGAGUGGCAAGAUGAAGAUUUUCCAAGGCCCCUACCAGAGGAUGAUAAUGUUGAAGCAGAUAUACUAGCUGUAACUGGCCAACAAGGCCAGCAUGAAGUGAAUGGAAACAAAGUUAGGAAGAAAUUAAUGGCUCCAGAUAUUAGCUUAACACUGGAUCACAGCGAGGAAUCGGUGUUGUCUGAUGACUUAAAUGAGAGUGGAGAGGUCGAUUUGGAUGAUUUAGAUACUCCAUCUGAGAACAGUAAUGAGUUUGAAUGGGAAGAUGAUCUUCCAAAACCAAAAACUACUGAAGUAAUGAGAAAAGGAUCGCUUCCUGAAUACACUGCUGCAGAGGAGAGAGAUGAUGGGCGACGCUGGCGUAUGUUCAGGAUUGGGGAACAGGAUCACAGGGUGGACAUGAAGGCAAUUGAACCCUAUAAAAAAGUUAUCAGCCACGGAGGUUAUUAUGGUGAUGGGUUAAAUGCCAUUGUUGUGUUUGCUGUUUGCUUUAUGCCUGAAAGCAGUCAGCCUAACUACAGAUAUCUAAUGGAUAAUCUAUUUAAAUAUGUUAUUGGCACUUUAGAACUGUUAGUAGCAGAGAACUAUAUGAUAGUUUACUUAAAUGGUGCUACAACACGGAGAAAAAUGCCAAGUUUAGGCUGGCUCAGGAAAUGUUACCAGCAAAUUGAUAGACGGUUAAGGAAAAACCUGAAAUCGUUAAUAAUAGUUCAUCCUUCUUGGUUUAUCAGAACACUUCUGGCCAUCACAAAACCUUUUAUUAGCUCAAAAUUCAGCCAAAAAAUUAGGUAUGUCUUUACCCUGGCAGAGCUAGCUGAACUCAUCCCCAUGGAAUACGUUGGCAUACCAGAAUGCAUAAAACAGUAUGAAGAAGAAAAGUUUAGAAAGAAACACAAAAGAAUUGACCAAGAGCUUGAUGGGAAACAAGAACAGAAAAGUGAACAGUAAGUUUGGAGUCCAGACAAGACGGAAGACUGUGCAGGUGGAAUGACCUGUUUUUUGUUUUUGUUUUUUUGCAUUUACAAUGCAUUCAUUAGCCUUUAUUAUGUAACCUGUUAUAAAAGGUGCCUUGAUAUAUCUCUGGACUUGUACACAAGGGACUGUUCUCUACAGUAUUGGUUUGCAAAUCUUGGGUUUAAUUCUUGACUUUAAUAGCUACUUUACCAUGUAAUCAUUUUAUACUGUUAAAUGUCAAAGAACCAUAUGUUUAUAGGAGGCAUUCUUGCAAUUAUCUAAAUGAUGCAUGUUCUUCAGUAAAAUAUUUAUAUACCUAAAUGUUAAAGGAAAGAGAUAAUAUAUUUUUAUGACUCUUUGAGCAAUAUUUUAUAAUGUUUGCCUGCAGAAUGAAUUCUUUUGCAAGUAGACAAGGCCAUAAAUGUGUGCUGUCAUUAUUUUGUAAAGUGCAUGAUGAAUGUUUUUUGCUGUAAAUAGUUAAUACAUUUCCUAAGUGAUUUAGAAACCUAAUGAUUUUUAGAUGCUGGUGUUCACUUAGUGCAGUUGUCUCAUAAAUGUGAAGAUAAUCAUUUUUGUUCCUGUAUCUAAUACAAGUAGAACUCAUUUACACUGCCAGAAUGAUCUUGAGCUUUGGUUUGUCUUUGUUUUUCUUCAAAAUACAGAUUUGUGGCUCUGUGAAUUUCAGCUUAUUGGCUACUACCUUUUGGCCUAGUUAAGCCAUAUUGGGGACUAAAUAGUUCAAAUGACUAAUAGCAUAAUGAGCUUUUCACCAUUAGGUCACUAGUUUAAAUUCUGCUCAGGUGUUUAGUAGAUAAAAGCUGUCUAGUCAGUGAUCAGUGUGAAAGGAGCUCAGUCCUGUUACUCUUGGAAGACUGAAACUGUGUUCAGUCUCAGCAGACACACAAAGAAUUGCAUGGGCAUGGAGCUUGCACUGUCCUUUCAACCAUAAAAGUUAUCCAUUCAGGUCAAGAUUGAAGUACCCUGGAGAGGAGGUGUGGAAAAUCUUGCACUGCCUUUACUUUGUAGAUGGAGAUCUUCCAUCUCCAGUGCUAUAUGGCACUUCUCAUAAGCACUAAAUUCACUUUAAAGAAUGUAAUGAGUCUGGUUUUUGCUGUGGUUAUUCAAGAUGUAUCCACAAGUUUUCACUUGGUGUUCUUGGGCACAUAAAUUGACUUUCAUAGGUUCUAUUAGCAUAGCUAAAUUAUACUAUGUUCUGGGUGAAACGUAAUAAAAAUGUCAAUCAUGCCUAUUGGUGUGUGCAAAUAAAUCUAUUCAGAAGUUAAACAUUUAAGUGACAUUGUAACAAGCAUUAAAUAUUUUCACUUUUUUUCUGCAGUGCUCACUACUUUUGUCUUAAUCAUAAUCAAAAAUCCCCAUCUGAUAUUAUUCCACACUUCUAAACUGUAUAUUCUUGGAAAUAGUAGUAGUAUCACAGUUCUUACACACAAUCAAAAUAAAUCCGGUAUACUUACAAAAGUAAAGUAGGUUUCAACUGGAUUGUUACUUAUCAGUGAGGUAUAACGCUCAUAGGGUAAUCAUACAACCGGGACUUACUAACCUUUGGAUCCUUGCAGACUCCUCGAUGUCUCUAAUCAACUGUGCAUAGGUGCAGUACUAGCUAAUUCUGAUGCCGGAUCAGGCCAGUAGUCUGCAUCUGAACUUAACAGAGAUCUAUUUAACACACAUGCUUCAGGGGAAUCCGUCUCAAGGCAUACGUAUUUUGGUUAGGUCAGCAUCUGUCUCCAUCAGCAGUUUGUGCAGAUUAAUAUGCUGUGUCUUCUGCCUAAAUAGACAAUCUUAUUCUGAAGUUGCCCUGUAUGCAUUUUUAUACGGCUUAUAUUUUGGUCUGAAAGCAAAGAACCUAAAUGAAGAUACUUUCUUCAGGAGCUAGGGCCUGAUGGACGACCUUGAGCAAGUCCCUUCAUUGCCUUAUAACUCCAUUUCCCCACUUGUAAAAUGGAUAUAAUGAUACUCACCUUUUUUUGUAAAGCAUUUUGAGAUCUACAAAUGAAAACUGCUACAUAAGUGCUAGGUGCUCUCACUUCUAUUCCUCAUUCUAUAUAUCAAGUUAUAUCAACUCCAGCUUACUGGCUGAAACCUUCCCCAGCCUGGCAAAUAAAAUUCCAAGACUGGCCAAGUGCAAGGUGUGUGCAUGCAUGCAUGCAAAUCUGGAAAUCUUUUAUUUCAUUUUCAGGCCUUAAAGCUGAAUAGAUUUAGGUCUCUAAAAGCCUGGAGAAUAAGAAGGGGUCACCAUCUCACUUCAAUUUUUUUCUUCAGAUAAAGAUGACUUCUACCAAAAGCAGUUCUUCUAGAAAUAGGGUCUGACAGUUGACUUGCAUUGAUAUAGUGUGAUACAGUUAAAUCAAUAUCUCAGAUUACUGAAAGAUGUCAUUUGUUGUAUGUAGUGGAGAACACAAUAGCUAAAGAUGUUUCAAAUGGAAAAACAGUAAAAUUUCUACUGGCUAUAGACAUUCUUUCUACAUCUUCCUCAUUGCUUCCUUUAACUCCACACUUGCUUCUCCUUUCCUUUUACCUCCUACAAAAGUUGCAUGCCACGAAUCUUAAACAGCAGUUCAAACAGUACAUAUGUUGUGUAGAAAACCUACUUUAUAUACUGUAUUUUGUACUUGACCAAAUGUUCAAUAAUUUUAAAGGUGACUUCCAAAGGGUGGGAAGGUUUGUACCUUUCUGCUGCUUUAUUGUAUGAUUAAAGGAAGUCUGAGUCUUUUUUUUUUCCCUGCUUGCUUUUUCACAUUUAAAAAAAUCAAGUUUUGUCUAUGCUAUUUUUCUGACCCAAUCUCUAAACUGGAGCAUUAUUUGAUUUAUGAUAACAGAGAUGCAAAGGAAUUAAAACGUGAUUAGGUGUUGAAAAACGAGUUCUCUGCAAUCGAAAUAAAAUUUUCUCCUCAGUUGAACUUAAAAUGCCUAACAAAUUACGAGUGUCUUUUGUUAAGACUCAGACCUCCCUUGCCACAACACGCUUAAGGAUUUACCAUUCCCAAUCUGGGACUUCUCUGAGAAUCCCAGCAAAAACCAGGAAGCAAAGACUAGAUACAAAUUUUUAAAAAAUAUGCUGCUUGUUAAACUUCAUGCACCGGGCAUUAGUGAAGGAUAAUAAACAUGCUUCUCUGAAGGCUACAUUUUAGACUUCAAUUAUAGCUGCAUGAGGUACCUAACAAGGUUGAAUUUUCAACUUCAGCUCUGCAUUACCUGACGAAUGAGUGCUUGAUUCUCAAACUUAAUUUUGCGUUAAUAUUUAUUGUAAAAUGUAUACACACACUGAUCCAAUCUCUCUAUAAGCUUGUGUAUAAAUAGAAAUGGUCAUUUUCAUAAUCCUACUGCCUUCUAAAGCAGCACAGUUUGGGAUCCAAGUUGGCAACUGCUGUGGAGAAUCUUCCCUCCUGGUUUGUCAGUCUCCCCUCCUUCCCUCACCCAUCCCUCAUAUUUUAAUGGUGAAGUAUUCACAUGCAUGUUUUUAAAAAGUUAUUUUAAAUUAAUUCUGGGACUUUCUCAAACAUUGUAAAUGGGUAUUAUACUCAAAACCAAAUCCUGCUAUGUUGCAAUGAGAUUCCAAAGGCUACAUCUAAAAACAGCUAACUAUUAAAAAAAAAAAAAUCACAUCACAUAGUAAGUGCUCUAAAGCUACUAUUAUGAUCGUUUGAUGUAGAGAAAAUGCAGCUCACUAUUGGAACACAAAGGCAGUUUCAAAUGAAGAACUUGUUUAAUUUCAAUUGCCAAAUUUCCUUUAAAAUCCAAAGACUUUGCGAUCAGUACUUCAAAUAAAACACAAAACUUAAUGAUGCAUUUUAGUGGUAAGCUGUAAAUACUAGUCUCAACUAAUUUCCCAGCAGCUAGAUCAGUCUGAAGUGUCAACAAAAUGCUGAGACAGCAGCAUCAAUAACAGUAGGCAGAUGUCAAACAAUUCUGAUGGUUUCAAACUUUUAUAUAUUCUUAAUUUGAAAAGAAUUAUGACAUCUCUCAGUGAUGGAAUUAAGAUAAUAAUGACAAACUUUAUUGGAAAGUCAUAAUCUCCUGUUUAAAAACAGGAAAGAUUUAUAGCUAAGACUUCAAAUUUCAUUUUGAACCUGCAUUCCCAUCCACUUGCAUUACACUGUCCCAUGCUUUACUGACAGGAGACUUGGAUUUGUGUUGUCUUGUGAAUUUUACUUUCAGCAGGAGAUGCAGGAAUACUUUUCUAUGGUGCAGUUUCUGAGUUCUGUCAAGAGGCAUUGCAGUCAUUAUAUAACUUGAGCUGACAUGCUCAGAGAGUUUCUGGAAUAUAAAGCAUGUGGUACUAAAAUGUCAGCAACUUUAUUUUGCUGCCAAUAUGGUUGAAGUGGAGGUGAUCUUAUUUGAGCUGAUGGCUCAGGCUGGUGGAUACAAGAUGUUUGUAGAUUUGUCUACAAUAGGUACAAUUUUCAAAAGUGACUUAAGAAUGUAGGAGUUUGAGUGUUAAAAAUCAAUGGGUUUUUGGCUUCUAUGUCAUCUGGGCCUUUCUGAAAAAUUUACUCAGUAUGGUAAGCAAGGGUUUGUAGCUGAUAUUCUACUGGAAGUACAGUAGUAAUUUUGUAUGAUUGCUAGGUGUAAAGAUGUUGGCUACACUAAGAGUUAGCACUGAGAUACAGCCAAAGUUAGUCAAUCUGAAACCCCGAUCAUGAAGCACCAGGGUUUUUAAAAUGUUCCUUUUUAAAUCUGGAAUUUACUGGCUUCCAAACACUUACUUUAAAAACAAUUUAAGUAACACUAUAGGUAACUUGUAUUCACAGCCUUAAACCUCUUCUUGAUAUAUUUUUCUCGUCUGACUUGCCUUUGUUUUCAGUGAUCAAGGGAAAGAUAUUAUCUGUGGAAUUAACUAUUGCAGAUUGCAGACUACAUUCUAGACGGUAAAUCACUGUCCAUUGUUUGCUGCGGUUGAACAAAUGUCAGCAAACCUGUCUGUGCUGACUGAGCAUCACAGACUUCAUAAGAUUAGUGAUGUGUUGACAAAUUUUGAAAAUUUUUGCUUUAGACUUUUUAAACGUUGUAAAGGUUUAGUUUUCAUUAGGACUAGGUGAGCAAGACAUUUGGAAUUAAUAGAGCCUUUUUUAGAUGAUUAGCCAAAAAACUAUCUCCACAAAGUAUAAAAGCUCUCAUUUGCCAAAUGUUUUGGCCAGUUCAUCUCCAAUUUGCUGGAAAAUUCUCUAGUGAGAAAUAGCAUAAGAGAUUUAAAUAGGAUAUCUAGGAAGCAAAAGGGGGGUGGGUGGGAGAAGUGAUUUAAACCAGGUCAAUUUAGGCUUUAUGGAGUCACAACAGCAGAUUCUUGCUCAAGGAUAUAACUUUUCUUCAAUUUCAGAUUAACAUUUCUACAUUCCUUGUGGAUGGAACUUCAGCAUUUAUAUUCUGCUGUUAGAAAAUGGCUUAACUGCAGUCUGUCAGGAACACAAAUUAGUGUUUGUAAAAUGCUUUGAAGAUUAAAAGUAUGAGACUUCCUAAUCUGCUUUAGAGGGGUGACCAAUAAGCAGCUGGCAGCUAGUAUGUUUUUACAGAUGUUUUAUAAAGUUCCAAUGAGAACUCUAGUACUGAAUUAUCCAUGUGGAUGCAGGUCAUUCUAUGGAGGUUUUUAGUUCUAUCAACAGAUCCUAGGAGCUUUCUGAAGACCUAUGCUUCCAUCUGUUAUAUCGCAGUUUUUAAAAGAUACUGAACCCAUUUUCCUCAGAGGAUGAAUUUCUCUCAGCAUGAAUAACAAGAUAGGAAUUUUGCCCCUUUUUAAAACUUAAGAAUUCUAGAUUGUGCUAAAAGGUUUCCAUUGACACGAAUCCUCAGUACAACAUAAGCAAACGGCAAUACACUUGCUAAAGCUGAGCAAAAUUUUGGGUCAACACAUUUUGCAAAUUUGAGUUGAAUUUGACAAAGUGCUUUGGCUAGGAAACAACAAACAAUCUGGAAGUCAAUGUGGUGUGUUUUUAGUGUUUAAAAAAACAAAACUGUUCUGAAAUUUCCUUCAAGUUUAUUUUAAAAAGAACAACCUUAACUCAAAAUUAAAAAAAAAAUUGGGUUGAAUUGCAUGAAAUACUUUGUUCUACCCAGAAUUUUUUUCAGAACUACCAGUGAGCUAAAAAUUAAUUAGCACAGCUCUAGAAAUUGCACCUAGAAAAUAAGAGUGCAGUAUUUUGUAGUGUAUAUACUCUGUCAAGUUGCUUCCUUUUCUCUCAUUGUUGAGAGACAGCAUUAUGGCCAAAAAGGGAAUAGCUUCCACUCCAAUGAAAUAAAACUCUCUACUUCAAAAUCUCACAAUUCAGUUAGAGUAUUAAUGGGUUUUGUGUACCAGUAUUAUGAGGCAUCCUGAUUCUUCAAUACUGAAACUAUUAGUGUGCACUAAGACAGUAUUAAUGUUGUCUUGUCAGACAGCCUUACCAUUACAUAUUGUAUGGUUGGCCUGUAUUUUCUAUAAAUUUUUGGGUAAAUAUCUAGAGUAAGCAUUCAUAGAAGAAAUUUUGAUGUUUCAGCCAAUGCUGUUCUGCAGCUAAUUAGGAAAGGGAAUGACUGAGGAGCUUCUGCUGUAUUCUAAUCUAAAGCACCUUUUUGAAUGAAGAAACCCAAGAAGUGGGGUUAAACUGGUCUGAACAUUAGAUAUGUUUGAAGUGUGGAGUCAUUUCACAUUGAGAUCCAUUUUGUUAAAGGACGGAACAUCUGUUACAUCUGAGCCUUUUAGGCUUUUCAGUGUAGGGACCAUGUGUCUGUAUAAUGCUUAGUAAAAUGAGGAUAUCAUUGCAGCCUCCGGGCACUACUGCAAUAUAAUCAUUAAAUAACGUUCACCUCUACAAAAGCAUAUGUGGAAAGCGUCUGACAGUUGAAAGUUUAUGCAUUGCUCAGAUGCUGUAACACUGCCUGAAGUACUGAGUCCCCAAUACUUAGCCUAACUUUCUAGAUUCUGAAUUGGUUACAAAGGCAACACCUUCAUCUGGAGUACAAGUCUUGACCACCACUGCUCCUCAGAGAAGUAACUGUACUAUUUCUCUUCUGCCCCUUUAAUUUCAACUGGUUUGAGGAAAGUACUCUUUUCACCUACCUCUGAAGAAUGUACUAAGCUCCUUCCUUUUCAAAUGAAGCAAUGUUCUUCCCUAUUUUCUUUAACUUUACAAGUUGUCAUUGUCAUGGAGUAAUGUGAGAAAUACUUGUAUUUCUGAACAUGUCACCUAGCACUUGUGAGAAACUAUGUGAGUCUUGUAUUUUUAAUUAGCUAAAAUAACAGGUUAAAUGUGGAAAAUUCAAUAAAUACUUUUUUGAAAAA